GAGCCGCCCCCCGCCCUGCCUCCCGGCCGCGGGCCGGUGGAAGGGCAGGGGCGGAGGGCGGGGCCGCGGGAGCCGGGCCGCUGCCUGAGCCGUGCCUGCACCGGCGGGGAGUGGCGGGGGGCGGCAGCCGAGAGGCGGCACCUGGGUCCUUCCCCCGUCUCCAUCACCCCGCAGCUGCCGUGAAACGGCCGCGGCCGAGCGGCGCGGAGGGGUGAGGUCUUUACUACUGUGCUGACUCACCCAAAAUGUCCAUAGAAGAAUAAUGGAAGCCCCUGAAUACCUUGAUUUGGAUGAAAUAGAUUUUAGUGAUGAUAUAUCGUAUUCUGUAACUUCUCUCAAGACCAUCCCAGAAUUAUGUAGAAGGUGUGAUUCACAAAACGAAGACAGAUCAGUUUCCAGCAGCAGCUGGAACUGUGGAGUCUCAACUCUUAUCGGAAAUGCACAGAAACCAACAGGAAUUGCAGAUGUGUGCAAUAAAUUCAGACCAGUGAAGAGGGUUUCCCCAUUAAAGCACCAGCCAGAAAGCUCUGAGAACAAUGAAAGUGAUGACCAGAAGAAUCAAAAAGGAGAAUACCAGAAAGGCAGCGAUUCUCAAUCUGUGCCUCCAAAUGAUGACCAGAGUCCCGGAGAAGGAGAGAGUCUUAAAAGCAAAAACAUUGAGCCAACUGUUCUGCUUGGGGAGCUGGAGCACUAUGACCUGGAUAUGGAUGAAAUUUUGGAUGUGCCUUAUAUUAAAUCAAGCCAGCAACUUGUUCCUUUUACAAAGGUAGCUUCUGAGAAAAAACUUUUGGGUGUAUGUUCAACAGUGAAUGGUCUUAGUGGCAAGACCUGCUCUGCAGGGAGCACAGAGAACUCGCCUGCUGGAGGGACACAGUUCUGUGUGCUGUCUCCUGUGAAAGGCUCUCAGCUGAGAAAAACGCAGCCCAUUGUCCUUGAUCAGCACAAGCAUUUAACAGAAGAAUUAGAGCUUUCCCAGCCUUUAGUUAAGUGUAGCUCAGUCCAUGAAUCUGAAGCCCAGGGCAAGGGCUUCCUCAGCAGGACAUUUGUUGAUCCUCAUGCUCACAAAACAGAGAAGACUAUGCCAAACUGCCACCUAAGGACUUUCCACCUGCAGACGGCAGUGGCAGAAAGCAAGCAGCUAGAGGAACUGAGUAUGAACUGGAGCAGUGCAGGGGGCCCAGAAGAGAGGAGCGAAGAGGUGAAAAAAAUUAAGAGCAUCUUAAACAUUGUAAAGGAAGGCCAAAUAUCUUUACUGCCACAUUUAGCAGCAGAUAAUCUGGAUAAGAUCCAUGAUGAAUGUGACAACAAUCUGUUGCAUGUAGCAGCAUCAAAGGGACAUGCAGAAUGCCUGCAGCAUCUCACUUCUUUGAUGGGUGAAGACUGUUUGAAUGAACGAAACAUUGAGCAGCUAACUCCAGCUGGAUUAGCAAUAAAGAACGGUCAGCUGGAGUGUGUUCGAUGGAUGGUGAGCGAAACAGAAGCUAUUGCAGAAUUAAGUUGCUCAAAAGACCACCCAAGCCUUAUUCAUUAUGCAGGUUGCUAUGGCCAGGAGAAAAUCCUUCUGUGGCUUCUUCAGUUUAUGCAAGAACAAGGGAUUUCACUGGAUGAAGUUGACCAGGAUGGAAAUACUGCUGUUCACAUAGCUGCUCAACAUGGGUAUCUAGGAUGCAUACAGACAUUGGUUGAAUAUGGAGCAAAUGUCACCAUGCAAAACCACGUGGGAGAGAAACCCUCACAAAGUGCUGAGCGACAUGGGCACACCAUGUGUUCCCGCUACUUAGUAGUUGUGGAGACAUGUAUGUCAUUGGCCUCGCAGGUUGUCAAGCUAACAAAGCAGCUGAAGGAGCAGACAGUGGAACGUGUGACAUUACAGAACCAGCUCCAGCAGCUUUUAGAAGCCCAGCGGUCAGAGGGGAAGUCACUGCCCAUGUCCCCAAGCUUGCCAUCAUCUCCUGCUUCUGGCAAACUUCAGUGGAAACCAUCUGAAGCAGAUGAAUUGUCUCCACCAAAAAGUAAAUUGAACACCCAAGAUGGGAUUCAGAUUCUUGGCAGCUUGGGAACUUCUAGUCGCUCUCGAGCCAAGAUAAAAGAUGAGGACUCAGAUAAAAUCUUGCGCCAGUUAUUGGGGAAAGAAAUCUCUGAAAAUGUCUGUAUGCAGGAAAAACUGACUUUGGAAUUUCAGGAUGCUCAUGCAUCCUCCAAGAACGUGAAGAAGAUUUUGCCAGAGAAAAGGGAGCUGAAGUUAGCCAGACUGAGGCAACUGAUGCAGAGGUCACUCAGCGAGUCUGACACAGACUCAGCUAAUUCUGAGGACCACAAGAACACCCCUGUGAAAAGAACUGACAAACCAAGGCCUCAGCCCAUAGUGGAGAGUGUUGAGAGCACAGAGAGUUUGCACCUGAUGAUUAAGAAACACACUUCUGCAGCAGGACGCCGCUUCCCUUUUGGUAUCAGGGUCUCUAAGUCUGUGGACGGCCACAGUCCUUCCCCUACUUCAGAGAGCAGCGAUCUGGAUAAUGAAGGCCCGUAUCAGCCUGGUGCUGUACCUCAGAGCCAGUUUUGUGGAGACAACUCUCCAUCCAGCACGGACAGUGCUGCUGCUCAAAAGGUUGCCACCAGCCCUAAGAGUGCUCUCAAGUCUCCAUCUUCAAAGCGCAGAACCUCCCAAAAUUUGAAACUCCGAGUAACUUUCGAGGAGCCUGUGGUGCAGGUGGAGCUAGCAGAGUCAGAACUAAGCGAGGAAAAGGAUAAAGACAGGGGCAAAGGACUCAUGCGGUCUCCACCUGGCUCUGGGGAGCCAGUGGGGGACCAGCUGAAAAGGCCUUUUGGAACCUUUCGGUCCAUAAUGGAGACACUGAGUGGCAACCAAAAUAACAACAACAACAACUGUCAAACAGCAAACCUGAUCAAAACGUCAUCGACACUGCCCUUUACUUCAUUAGGAAGGAAGACAGCAGACAGCAAGGGAAAUCCAGCAGCUCUCACAAAAGGAAGAAACAAGCCACAAAAGGAUGCACACAAAUAUUUUACUGUAUUUGAUCUGUAGAAAGCCCAUCUACUGUUUUAAAUCCUGUUUUAAUUUUGGAAGGCUUUUCCAAGGAGUGGCAGGUAUUGCUUAUGUACAGAUUCUGUACUCUUAGUGCACAUGGUUUGCAUGUUCUGUGUUGAAAGCUUUCCACAGAGACGUCAUUUACCUGGAAAUGAUGUGUGAUAUUGCUCUGAGUGACAAGUCAUACAAUGAGAAUGUCAUGGUUGAGUCCGUGGGAUUUCUGGGGAGUAAAUAACUGAAGGACUAGCCCUGUCUUGUCAUAUAGCCAAGACUGAUGAGGCCAACAGGAUAAAAAUAAGUGGUAGUAUAUAAAGAGGAAAAAUAGCAGAAAUGGUCCUUCCUGCUUCUGGGGGAGCUACAGCCAUCCCCUAGGUGUUGAAGCUGUCAGUACUCAGCUUUUUUUUCCCACCCUCUCCUCAUAGCACAGAGUCUUCUCAUGGCAGAGCAUAUGGUUGGUCUGUAGCAAAAUGUACUGGAUCCAGAUCACCCCCUCUCUGCAGUCAACAGAGUUCCCUUUCUGGGAUCCCAACAGAAAGAGGGGUGUCUCCAGUUAGGAGGCUGGCUCUCUUGUUCGAAAGAAAGGAGAAGGUACUUUGAACAAAUGUAUCUUUCAAGAGGAAGGAAGAGGUAUGGAAUGAAAGAGGCAGAGGUAGGAAAUACUCUGAGUGCAGUGUGUCUGUGGAGCAGAGAGGAGAAGUGCAAACAUCUGGAGAUACAAUAAAGAGUUGAGUGAGAGUGAAUGGUAGAUGAUUUAAUCCUCUGUGAAAGACUGGGUGGGAGGGAAGGGGUGGAUGGAAAGACAUGAGGCGAAAGAAUAACUUCAAGAUGAAAAA